AUGGAGUACACACCAAAUGAAGAAAAGAGGACAGACUACUUCGGCGUCAUAACGAAUUUAUUAAAUUACUUCUCACUGGGCAUUGAUGAUACGGUAAACCCACAGGUCAACUCGCCCGGCGUGCAAAAAGAUGGCAGAGGAGCAACCCGUCACCGACGAAACAGCAUACAACAAGUAGUUUACAAUUUGAAGUUGAGGAGAGCAUCCGACUUGAAGACCUCCACUCGGUUUGGCUUGGACGCCCCGGCGAUGCACGACAGAAAGGGAUUCGAGAAACAACGCCAAGAAGAAGACAACGCUUCGACUAACGUGCACCCCACGAAGUGCGAGCAGGCGCCAAACACAAGAGACAGCUCGGUGGAAAAUUGCCUGAACGGAUCAAGUGAAAGAAGAAAGAAAAAAAAAAAAAAGAAAAAAAAUGCAAAAAAUAGGGAUAACCAGUACACUUCCAGUUUUGAUCUUUCCGGGGGGGAAUUCUUUCAACUGAAGGAGCAGAGUGGGGGGGAAGACUCCGAAGUGGAGAAACGUAAAGAGGAGCGGAAGAAAAAGCGUGAAAAGGGCAAGAAAAAGUCGAAGAAGAAAAGCAAGAGGAAGGAGGAAGAGGAAAAGACGAAGGAGAAGACCGCCGAAGCCGACGACACCGGCCACGACGCAGAAAACGCUGAUCACUCUGAACUGGAUCGGGGGAUCGAGGGGAAAAAACGAAACGGAGUAUGUGACAAAACGGGUGAUGGUGAUGAACCCCACUGGGAAGAGGAAGCAGUUAACAUGGGAGAAGACGCAGGGGGAGGGGUGUGCGUGCUCGAAGAAACGAAGAAAACGAAGAAAAUGAAGAGCGUGAAAAAGACGAAGAAGAAAAAGGCAAGGCGGGAAGAGAUGCAGGUAGACGAGACGAACUCCAUUGAAAAUGACUCCGCUGAAAAUGGCUCAGCUGAUAUGAAACCCGUGAGGCGUACGAGCGAACCGAGGAAUCCAUCAAACACAACAAAAGAAAAACAUAACAAUGUUCGCAAGAGGAGAAACACCACAGUAAGUAGCAGCUUCGUUCAACCGCCUCAAAGCAGCAACUCCGAUGAGCCAAAUUUCCUACACGGGGUUCACGAGGCCGAGUCACAAAAAAAAGAUUUCGUAAAGGCGCAGGAUAAAGUAGCCAUAAAUUACAUUUCGGACAGCAAGAAGAGUUAUAUCAGCAUACGGAGCAGUAAUAGAGAUAAGGAUGAUGUGAUACAAUUACCCAAGUUGAAUUUAUCAACGCGAGGGGGUGGGUCUUCAUCGGGUGAGGAGAAUGAGACGACGGACGAGGGGGAUGUGCUCUCACUCCAUUAG